ACAGGCCCCGGACCUGAGGAGAGGCAGGGCGCCGCCAUGACAGAUUGGGCCUAAAGGGAGCGGGCCUGCUAGUCCGCUCUGCAACCGGAAAAAUCGAAAUAAGGAGGGCUUAGCUGGGCGCCGCCAUGACAACCUGAUACCGGAAAAGGCGGGGCGCUCCUUCCCCAUUGAUCCUCCUUCGGCCUCGGCCUCAAGAUGCAAGCGGCCCUGGAGGUCACUGCCCGCUACUGCAGCCGAGAGCUGGAGCAGUAUGGCCAGUGUGUGGCAGCCAAGCCUGAGUCAUGGCAACGGGACUGUCACCACCUUAAGAUGAGCAUCGCUCAGUGCACGUCCUCCCACCCAAUCAUCCGUCAGAUCCGCCAGGCCUGUGCAGAGCCUUUUGAGGCCUUUGAGGAGUGUCUCCGGCAGAAUGAGGCAGCCGUGGGCAACUGCGCAGAGCAUGUACGCCGCUUCCUGCAGUGUGCUGAACAGGUGCAGCCGACACACUCGCCCUCAACCACGCAGGCACAGCCAUUUCCUGCCUCCUAAGGACCAUCGGGACCAUGGGUAAACUGGAAGUGAGGGACUGGCCACUUGAUAUCCCCUCCUCUGAAGACUUGUCAGUUGGAGUCCUGAGGGCCCUGCACAUGGACAUGGCUUCCCUGGACAUUAAGACUCAAUAAAUAAAGACUGCAUACCA